ACAUUCCUCCUUUCUAUUUUUCAUUUUAAUAUAUACUUUUUUUUAAUUUGGUAAUAAAAUAACAUUUUUUAACCUUCAAUAAUAUUUGUAUGGUAGGCUUCACUGAAGUAUGUGGUCAGGGAGUCACCAGCCAAUCAGGUGCGAGUGAUGACCAGCCUGCCGACGUCACUGCAUGGAAACACGCCCACCACGGAUUUUAAAAAAUACAUUUCCGCAAAGUUUACAAGCUGAAGCUGCCUAUCAUUUAACCGGAGUUUGUGUAGUUUUUAGGACGUAAUUUAUUUGUACAAAAGUUUCGCAAAAAUGAGUGAAAUCAAACCAGGCGAGGCAUCUGCAACUGAAGCGGAGGAGAAAGACUGGGCUGCGGCUAAAGCCUUUUUUGACAACCUCAAAACUAACAAACCGAGACCUCCCAAACCCCGGUUUGCUGUCACCAUCGCCGUCUCCUCUCGCACCCUCUUCAACAUGGUGGCAGAGAGGAAGAUUUAUGAGGAUGAAGGAGUUGAGAAGUACGUGGCUUAUCAAGUGGAGCAUGAAAACGAGCCCCUGAAGCCAGGACCUGCUUACCCCUUCGUCAAGGCGCUGAUGAAUGUCAACUCUCGACUGAGGGAGCUCUACCCAGACAGCGAGGAGCUGUUUGACAUCGUCUUAAUGACUAACAACCAUGCCCAAGUGGGAGUGCGCCUCAUAAACAGCAUUAAUCACUACGAUCUGAGUAUAGAGAGAUUCUGUAUGACGGGAGGGAAGAGUCCAACAGGAUACCUGAAGGCCUACAUGACAAACCUUUACCUCUCCAAGGACUCUGAGAAAGUCACGGAGGCCAUCGAGGAAGGCAUCGCUGCAGCCACCAUGUUCAUGAUGGAAACGGACUCCGAGUUGAGCGAGACUCAGCUGAGAGUGGCAUUCGAUGGCGACGCCGUCCUCUUCUCUGACGAGUCGGAGAUCAUCGUGAAGAAACACGGCCUGGACACUUUCUUCGAGCACGAGAAGGAGUUUGAGAACUUGCCUCUGGCUCAGGGUCCCCUAAAGUGUUUCCUGGAGGCUCUGGGGAAGCUCCAGAAAAAAUUCUACGCCAAGAACCAGCGCCUGAACUGCCCGAUCCGAACCUUCCUGGUGACGGCCCGCAGCGCCGCCAGCUCCGGGGCCCGCGUCCUGAAGACUCUCCGCAGCUGGGGACUCGAGAUCGACGAGGCUCUCUUCCUGGCCGGCGCUCCCAAAGGGCCCCUGCUGCAGAAAAUAAAACCGCACAUCUUCUUCGACGACCAGAUGUUCCACAUCGAGGGGGCGCAAGAACUGGGCACCGUCUCUGCACAUGUCCCCUACGGGAUCGGACAGAAGUACCACAAGGGGAAACUCAUCGAGCAGCCCAAAAAAGAGGAAUAAACUCAAAAUGGUUCAAAUAAUAAUAUGCACUGCGUCAUCACCUGCAUAUAAAUAGAUUUCUUUCCAAAAUAAAAUAUUGCAUUCAGGAAAAAUGAUCUGUUAAAAAAAUAACAACAAUUUUUAUAGGAAAUUCAUGAGUAAUAGUCCUACUUUUUGGGUGUUUAAUCAAUUAUUUUCUACUACUUUCUUUAAGAUAGGAUAUUAUUGAUGAGUGGGUAAAUGUUUUUCAAAGUAAAAGUUACACUAGGUGCCGUACACUAUUUCACCUUAUACUGU